UGUUAUUUAGCUGUUGUGGCAGACGAAAACGUAGCGUUUUGCUCAACGAAUAUUACGGAACGUCAUUAACACGUAAAAAAGAUACUUCAUUCGGUGACGGCUUUUUGUUCGCUGAAAAUACAUAACAAUUUGAAGAAUUCACACAGACGCACAUACUGAACGCAGACGAGAAGUAAAUCGAAAACCGUCAAACUGAGUUGCUGGCUGUAAAACAAAAUUACCACACAAUGACUUCGAAUUUGCGCCCACUAAAAAUAACAACAGUCGGUGAUGGCAUGGUAGGAAAAACGUGUAUGCUCAUUACGUACACCCAAAAUGAAUUUCCACGAGAUUAUGUCCCGACAGUAUUUGACAAUCAUGCGUGCAAUUUAACAGUCGACGGCAAAGAAUUUGCGCUCACACUCUGGGACACUGCCGGCCAAGAGGACUAUGAGCGAUUACGACCGCUCAGCUAUCCAAAUACUGACUGCUUCCUGCUAUGCUACUCGAUAUCAAGUCGAACAUCUUUUGACAAUGUGCUGUCCAAAUGGUGCCCGGAAAUUCGACAUUUUUCGCCAAGCGUGCCAAUAAUCCUUGUUGGUACAAAAAGUGAUCUUCGCAUUCCAAAUUCCGAAAAGUUCGUGACAUUCGCCGAAGGAAAGAAAUUGAAGCAUAAAAUCAAAGCAUUUGCGCUGGUCGAAUGUUCGGCGAAAAAGAAACUAAACCUUGAGGAUGUAUUCCAUGAAGCCAUACGUGCCGUAGUGAAAAAGCCAAAUGUUAAACAACGUCGAUGCAUUAUACUCUAGAGUUAUUCGAUGUGACAAAUAUCUAAUAGCAUCAUAUGCUCAAAAUUCCAAAAUUCCAUCGACUAUAUACACGCACACACAUACAUACAUUUUGUGUUAAUUUUUUUUACAAAAGCAACAACAUAUGGAUUUAAAGUGCAAAAAACCAACAUUUUACGAACAACUACGAACAAUCAUCGCAUAUGUUAAUUUUUCAUUCCUUCGUCGUACCAAAAAAAAAA